UCAUCUUUGAUGGUCUAGAUGAAUGCCGACUCCGACUAGACUUCUGGAGAAAUGAGAUAUUGACUGAAGUGACACAGACCACGUCAUUGGAUGUUCUCCUGACAAAUCUCAUCAAGGGUAAUCUACUUCCCUCUGCUCUCCUUUGGAUCACUUCUCGACCAGCAGCAGCCAAUCAAAUUCCGCCUCAGAAUAUUGACCGAGUCACAGAAGUACAAGGGUUCAGCGACCCUCAGAAGGAGGAGUACUUCAGAAGGAGAAUAUGUGAUCAGAAACUUGCCAACAAAGUCAUUUCUCAUAUUAGAUCAUCAAGAAGUCUCCACAUUAUGUGCCACAUACCAGUGUUUUGCUGGAUUGCUGUUAAUGUUCUUGAGGUUCUUCUUGAGAUGCCUGGAGUUGAGCAAGUUCCAAAGACUCUGACAGAGAUGUACACAUAUUUCCUUGUAUUUCAAACCAAGCAGAGGAGUCUGAAGUUUGAAGGAGUUUAUGACACAGAUCCACAGUGGAACCGGGCUAGUCUGAUCGCUCUUGGAAAGUUGGCCUACGAACAGCUGGAGAAGGGCAACCUGAUCUUUUAUGAAGAUGACCUGAGAGACAGUGGUAUUGAUGUCAGAGAAGCAGCAGUACACUGUGGAAUUUGCACCCAGAUCUUUCAUGAAGAGUCAGGCCUUCAUCAGGAAAAGUUGUACUGUUUUGUGCACCUGAGCAUCCAGGAAUAUCUUGCAGCUUUGUAUGUGAUCCUGAUGUUUAUAACGGAAGGGAAAGAUCUCAUGUCCCCACAGCAGGCCCCCAGAGCUGUUGAAAGCAGUCCAGUGCAUAACUCCAUGACGACUUUGCAGAAGAGUGCUGUGGACAAAGCCUUGGAACAUGAAGAUGGGCACUUUGAUCUUUUCCUCCGUUUCCUUCUUGGCCUCUCUCUGGAAUCCAACCAGAAGCUCCUACGUGGCCUACUACAGAGAGUACACAAUGAAGGCAAAGAGGAAAUAACCAGUUACAUUAAGACAAAGAUCAGGGAGAUUCCAUCAUCAGAAAAAGUUGUCAACCUGUUCCACUGUCUGAAUGAAGUCAAUGAUCACUCCUUAGUGACGGAGGUCCAGAGCUUCCUGAGUGCAGGGACACUUUCAGCAGCCAAACUCUCAUCCACACAGUGGUCAGCUCUCGUGUUUGUGCUUCUGACAUCAGAAGAAAAGCUGGAUGUAUUUGACUUGAAGAAGUACAGCAGAUGUGAUGAAUGUCUCCUAAGGCUGCAACCAGUGAUGGAGGAAUCCCAAAAGGCUCUGCUGAACAGUUGUGGGCUCACUGAGAGGAGCUGUGCAGGUCUGGCAUCUGUCCUCACCAAAGCAUCUUCAAGGCUGAAAGAUCUGGACCUCAGUGACAACAAUAUUGGAGACAGUGGGGUCCAAAAAUUAUGUUGUGGACUGGGUAACCCAAACUGUGCACUGGAGACACUCAGGCUGUCUGACUGCAGUAUCACAGAGAAGGGCUAUUCUGGUCUGGCUUCAGCCCUGAGGGUAAAUCCCAAAUACCUCAGAGAUCUUGAUCUCAGAGGAAAUGAUCCAGGGAAAUCUGGAGUCAAACUGCUUUUAGACCUAAAGGAGGAUCCACAAUAUACACUGAGAAAUGUCCAGUUCCUGAAAAGUAGUGCUGCUGAGGAAGCCUGUGCUGCUGUGGCUUCAGCUGUGGGUUCAAACCCCUUACUCAUGACUACCCUGAAUCUGAGUAAUCACAUACCAGGAGACUUGGGAGUGACUCAGCUGUGUGCUUUACUGCAGGAUCCCCACUGCACACUGCAGACAUUACGUCUGUCAUACUGCAGUAUUGGAGAGGAAGGCUUCAGAGCUCUUGCAUCAGCACUGAGAUCAAACCCCUCACACAUGAGAGAGCUGCAGCUGAGUUAUAAUAAAGCAGGAGACUCAGGAGUGAAGCAUCUUUCUUCUCUUCUGGAGGAUCCCAACUGUAAACUGGAGAAACUACACCUGCAGAACUGCAGUAUUGGAGAUGAAGGCUUCAGAGCUCUUGCAUCAGCACUGAGAUCAAACCCCUCACACAUGAGAGAGCUGCAGCUGAGUUAUAAUAAAGCAGGAGACUCAGGAGUGAAGCAUCUUUCUUCUCUUCUGGAGGAUCCCCACUGUAAACUGGAGACACUAGACCUGCAGAACUGCAGUAUUGGAGAUGAAGGCUUCAGAGCUCUUGCAUCAGCACUGAGAUCAAACCCCUCACACAUGAGAGAGCUGCAGCUGAGUUAUAAUAAAGCAGGAGACUCAGGAGUGAAGCAUCUUUCUUCUCUUCUGGAGGAUCCCAACUGUAAACUGGAGACACUACACCUGCAGAACUGCAGUAUUGGAGAUGAAGGCUUCAGAGCUCUUGCAUCAGCACUGAGAUCAAACCCCUCACACAUGAGAGAGCUGCAGCUGAGAGGGAAUAAAGCAGGAGACUCAGGAGUGAAGCAUCUUUCUUCUCUUCUGGAGGAUCCCCACUGUAAACUGGAGACACUAGGCUUCAUGAAGAGCCAUGUGUCCCCUCUCAUCUAA